AUGGACAACACCAAGCAGCCACUUCUUGACAAACACCAUUUACAGAACCCCCCUCCCACUCUGACAGCUUCGCAUCCUUCUUUUUCAUCGUCUUUUUCUGCCGUUGAAGACGACAUUGCACCCAUUAAUGGCGUUCAUGACUUCAUCAGAGAAUUCAGGGUCGAGUCAAAGAAGCUCUGGUACCUCGCCGGUCCGGCAAUCUUCACCUCCAUUUGUCAAUACUCCAUCGGAGCAGUUACUCAGGUGUUUGCAGGGCAUUUAGGAACUAUUCAACUUGCCGCUGUUUCCAUAGAAAACUCCGUCGUCGCCGGUUUCGCCUUCGGCAUCAUGUUGGGCAUGGGGAGUGCACUAGAGACACUUUGUGGACAAGCUUUUGGAGCAGGACAGCUCGAUAUGCUCGGAGUCUACAUGCAGAGAUCAUGGGUUAUUCUCAACACAACGGCAUUAGCAUUAAUGUUUCUCUAUAUUUUCGCCGUGCCGAUUCUAAAACUCAUCGGCCAGACGGCUGAGAUAUCGAACUGGGCGGGAAUUUUCUCUAUCUGGAUGAUACCGCAACUCUUUGCUUAUGCUAUGAAUUUCCCUAUCCAGAAGUUUUUACAAGCACAGAGCAAGAUGGUCGUGAUGGCGGUGAUAGCCGUGGUGGCGGUGCUUCUACACACUUUCCUCAGCUGGCUGCUGAUGCUGAAGCUGGAGUUGGGACUGGCCGCUGCCGCCGUGGUGCUGAACUCGUCGUGGUGGUUCAUUGUUGCAGCCCAACUUUUUUAUAUUUUCAGUGGGACUUGUGGCCAAGCUUGGUCUGGAUUUUCUUGGAUGGCCUUUCGCAAUCUCUCGGGAUUUGUUAGGUUAUCCCUCGAAUCAGCUAUAAUGCUUUGGUAA